AUGGAAAGAGUUAUGAAGAAAUGGGAACAUGCAGUUUCUAAUUAUGCUUUUGAAACUUUAAAUGAUCCUUUAAUUAGAUUAUUUGUUACUUCCGAAGGUUUGGUGUCUGAGGAAGUUAGAAGGACUGGAAUUGAAGUGUUGCCUUUAAUGCCUAUUAGUCUACUUGUGAUUAUGAUUUUUAUGGUGGUCAUUACUUCAUUAAAAAGUGAUCAAAUUAAAAGUAAACCGUGGGAAUCACUUUUUGGUGUUUUUUGUCCAAUUCUUUCAAUUUUUGCUUCUUUUGGAAUUUUAUUUUGGCUCAAUUUUGAAUUUUUACCAAUUGUUGUCGUCGUUCCCUUCCUAGUUUUGGCUAUUGGAGUUGACGAUGUUUUUAUUUUUCUUCAUUGCUGGGAAAAUACUGACCCUCAAAAAGCUUUAAGAGAAAGAAUUGCCGAUAUGUUGGGAAGUGCUGGGCCGUCAAUUACAAUUACUUCUUUAACUAAUUGGCUAAGUUUUACAAUUGGAAUAGCUACACCGACACCUGCUAUUCGUACAUUUUGUAUAUUUAUUUCAACGGCUGUAUUCUCUGCAUAUAUUUACCAAUUAUUCUUUUAUACGGCAAUUAUGACAAUUGGUGGGCGUAGAGAAAUGUCUGGAAGAAAUGCUUAUUUUUUAUUUUUUAAAUCCAAAAAAUUUAAAGUAAACAAGAAAUUCUUUCAAAAAUUUUUUUUAAUUAUUUUUCAGCACAUAAUUAACGGCAACAAUUUAAACAAAAAUUUAGAAAUUAAUAAAAGUAACAAAUAUUCAACAAAAAAAUUUACAAAAAUAUUAAUUCGUUGGUCCUCUAAUUUAAUUAAUAUUUAUGUUGAUUUUGUGAUGAGUUGGACAGCGAGAAUUUUACUUUUAUUUGUUAUGGUUAUUUAUUGGAGUUUUUCUGCUUAUGGAGUUUCUCAAAUUCGUGUUGGGUUAACUUCAGAAAAAUUAUUUUUGGAUGAUUCUCCUUUGCUUGAAUUGGUUAGAUUACAAACAAAUGUUAUAUUUAAAGAAGGAGGACAGAUGUCUGUAUUUAUUAACAAUCCUGGGGAUCUUCGACAUCCCGAGGCUGUGCCCGAAAUUAUGAAAAUUUUGGAAAGAUUUGAGCACGCUUAUGGAAGUGUGGGGGCUUCGAGUACACAAAUGUGGCUAAAUACUUAUUUGCCUUUUAUUGGAUUACAAAAUAGAGGAUCAGUUGAUUUUCGCUACAAAUACCUCUACGACUUUUUUGCAAUUACUGAAUAUCAUCGUUGGAGUCAUUUUGUUAGUCUUGGAACUAAAGAAGAAUGUUUAAAUGAACGUCCUUCUUGUGUCCAUAAAUUCUUUUUUUCUACUGGCUUUCGAAAUGCUGUGGACUGGAAGGACAGAUUAGAUUUACUUCAAAAUUGGAGGAAAUUGGCAGAUGAUUAUUCUCAUUUAAAUUUAACUGUUUAUGAAGAUUUUAGUAUGUAUGCAGAUCAAUUGCUAAGUAUCCCUCCAGUAACUAUGCAGACAGUUGGCUUUGCACUUUUAUGCAUGACUGUUGUCCUUAUAUUAUUUACUCCUUCAUUGAGUACAAUAUUGCCGGGGACCGCUGCUGUUUUAUCAAUUAAUAUUGGCGUUUUUGGCCUUUUAUUUUAUUGGAGUAUUGAUUUGGACCCAAUUUCGAUGACAACAACGUAA